AUGCUUCUGACGCUGCUCUUCGCGGUGCACUGGGGCAGUCGGUGUUCCGCAGGAUGGUUUAACUCAGGGAAAUCCGAAGAGCCACAGGCUGAAGAAAAAGAAUUCAGCCUUCAGAUGGAGGAGGUUGUCACAGUGCAGCUGGGCCAGUGUGCGCUGGUGCCCUGCUCCUUCUCCUACCCCCAGGAAGGCUACCCUGGGAAUACUCCAGCUUACGGCUACUGGUUCAGAGAAAAAACCCACGUGACAGGCUUUCCAGUGGCCACCAACGACCAGUCUCGAAAGGUCCAAGAAUGGAACCGUGGCCGAUUCCAGCUCCUGGGCAGCCCCUGGAGUCUUAGCUGCUCCUUGCUGAUCACAGAGGCACGGGCGACAGACAAAGGAUGGUAUUUUUUUCGGGUCCAGGCAGGCACUUCCAAGCAAUAUAGUUUCAUAAAAAAUAAGCUCUAUCUGAAUGUGACAGCUCUGACACAGAAGCCAGCUAUCUACGUCCCAGAGACCCUGGAUCCCGGGCGCCAGGCGACCGCCGUCUGUGUGUUUGACUUUAACUUCUUUAAACAAUGUCAAGCCCCUACUUUCUCCUGGACGGGAGCCGCUCUGUCCCCGCAAGAAAGCAGCGUGACAACCGCCCACGUCUCAGUUCUCACGUUCACGCCGAGACCGCAGGAUCACGACACCGAACUCACCUGUCGAGUGGGCUUCUCCAGAAGGAGUGUGGGCAUUGAAUACAGUGUCCGGCUUAAUGUGGCCUAUGCCCCCAAAGUGCCAGUCAUCAGCGUUUCCCAAGGCAGAGGCUCAGCCCUGGAGCCCCAUGAAGACAGCCCUCGUCUGGAAGCCCAGAAAGGCCAGUUCCUGCGGCUGCUCUGUGCUGCUGAGAGCAGGCCCCCUGCCACCCUGAGCUGGGCCCUGGAAGGCAGAACCCUUUCCCGGCCCCGCCUCUCGGGCUCAGGAGGCUUGGAGCUGGUACUGUCCAGCGUGCAGCCCGGGGACGAGGGGCACUACUCCUGCCGAGCGGAGAACAGGCUUGGCUUCCAAAUCCGCACCCUGGACCUCUCUGUGCGCUAUGCCCCUGAGAACCUGACAGUGACGGCCUCCCGAGCAAACAGGACAGUCCUGGAAAACCUCAGGAAUGGUGCUUCCUUCCCAGUCCUGGAGGGCCAAAGCCUGCGUCUGCUCUGUGUGGCCCACAGCAACCCCCCAGCCUCGCUGAGCUGGACCCGUGGGGGGCUAACCCUGAGCCCCUCCCAGCCCUCAAACCCUGGGGUCCUGGAGCUGCCUCGGAUUGGAAUGGAGCAUGAAGGAGAAUUCAUUUGCCGAGCUCAGAACCCGCUGGGCUCCCUCAGCGUCUCUCUCUACCUCUCUGUGCAGUACCCCCCACAGCUGCUGGGACCCUCCUGCUCCUGGGAGGACCAGGGUCUGCUCUGCCGCUGCUCCUCCGGGGCCCAGCCGGCCCCCUCCGUGCGCUGGCGGCUGGGGGAGGGGCUGCUGGAGGGGAACCACAGCAAUGCCUCCUGCACGGUCACCUCCCGCUCAGCCGGGCCCUGGGCCAACAGCUCCCUGAGCCUCAGCGGGGACCUCAGCGCGGAGCUCAGCGCAGGCCUCAGGAUCAGCUGCGAGGCCAGGAAUGUCCACGGGGCCCUGAGCACCGCCGCUGUCCUGCUGCUGCCAGAAAAGACAGACCUCAUGUUAAACGGCUUCGCUAACGGACUAGUUCUGGGCACUGGCGUCACCCUCCUCUUCCUCUGCCUCAUCCUGGUCACCAUGAAGAUUCUGAGGACGACUCAGGUCCAGGCGGAGACUCCGGCCCAGGCGAGGACUCAGGCUCAGGCGAGGACUCCGGCCCAGGUGGGGACUCAGGCCCAGGCGGAGACUAAGAGGCCCAGGCGCGCAAAGAGGAGCUCCAUGCUGGAUUACAUCAACGUGGUCCCUAACGCUGGUGGCCUGGCUCAGAACCGAAAGGCUAAACCCAGCCAUCUUUCCAAGACCUCUCCUGAAGAUGCUAACUCCCCAGGACUCAAAUUGUCCCCUUCGGCUCCAGAAUCAAGGGACAACGAAGAGGAGCUCCAUUAUACUACCCUCAGCUUCCCAGGCCUCUGGCCACAGCCGGCCCAGGAGUCCAAGGACACCAACUCGGAAUAUGCAGAAGUCAAUUUCCACUGAUGGUCCACUGGGCUGUGGAAUGGGGAUCCGGCUGGGGAGAAAGGCGGAGUCAUUGAGAGGGUAAAGAGAAGAGGGCAAAGCCUCUCUCUCCUCUUUUUACUCCUCCAAGGAUGGGUCA